AUGAGUCCCUGGAUACCCAUGCCAUGUGGCGACAUGGACGAUAAAGAAGUCACCAUAUGUAAUUUAUUGGACCCUAUUGAGGAUACGACUCUCCCAGCGGAUGAAGAAGAAAGGCGUGAGAGAGAGUUGCAGAAUGCCAAGUUACAAAAAUACAUUCGAGAGCGCGCUGCGCAGAAUAUGCCUGCUGGUUGUUGCGAAUCCUUCGUCGGCCAAAUUUUGAAGACGGUGGGGGUUCACAAGUUGCUGGAUAUGUUGGGCACAUAUGACAAGAUAGAAGAAGCCGAUGCUAUGCUACUUGUUCAGAAGAAAAUGGGGGAGAUCUCGCCCGGUAGGAAGUCAUUGUCUAUGAGACAACGAACACUGGAGCAUUUACAACAAGUAAUGGAAGUCAAAGAAGCACUACCGAUCAACGAAGACGAUUGCUUGAUACUGGCCACUCCUGACGGGCUUCUAUAA